ACAUCGUCGCCUUGAUACAAUAUUGACUCCAGCAGGGUCAUCACAUUGGACGUACCACAGCUAGAGCUCUGUUGCAAGAGGCACAAUGAGCGCCACCAAGUACACCAAUCGAAGCAUACCGCGAAUCAGCCUCAAGGACUUCGACAAUCGAAUCGACGAAAUCACAUCCCAGCUCGUACAAGCAGCAGAAACGGAUGGCUUCUUCUCCAUCACCGAUACCGAAAUCUCGAUAGCAGAAAUUGACGCCAUCUUCGCCACAUCCGAGUCCUUCUUCGCACUCCCCGACGACGUCAAAAGCACCGUCCCCUUCAGCAGCAAAAACGUCGGAUGGGAAAAAAAGGGCCAAAUCCGACCUUCCACAGGCGUCGCAGACCAAAAAGAAAGCUACCAACUCCAAUUCGGAGUCCACAUGAAAGACAAAUGGAUCCACGAAUCUUUUCUCCCUCAUUUCAAACUCGAUGCCCAACAUUUUAUGCACAAAGCUCAAUCCGUCUCGGAAAAACUCAUGUUGUGUUUUGCUCGGGGUCUGGGUUUUCCUGAUCGGCAUUUCAUUCAAGCUCACGAUCCUUCUCGUCCGGAUUCUCAAUCUGUUUUACGUCUUUUACACUAUUUCGAAAUCGACAAGAAAACUUCUCUCCCGCUCCCACCAGAUUACCAUCGAGCGGGCGCACACGCCGACUGGGAUCUUCUCACGCUCUUAUUCCAACGUCAGCCGGGCUAUAGCGGAUUAGAAAUCUGUCCUGGGCGCGAAGUCGUGACAUCGUUUGGGAUGGGCGAUACGUGGACGAAAGUGGAAUUUGCGCGAGGGGAUAUUGUGUGUAAUAUUGGGGAUUUACUCAUGUCGUGGUCGGAUGAUCGGUUCAAAUCUACGUUUCAUCGGGUUUUGGCGCCGAGGGAUGUUGAGAGGGAUGAUUUUGGUGCGAGGUAUAGUAUUGCGUUUUUUAAUCAGCCAAAUGUGGAUUGUGAGAUUCAGGGGCCCAGGAAGAAGUAUCCGUUGGUUACUGGGAGGGAGUUUACGAGGAGGGCUAUGGAGAGGAAUUUUGCGGCUUUGAAGAUGAGGCAGGAGGAGGAGGAGGAGGAGCAGCGGCAGCGGCAGAAGGGGGAGGUUGGGCAGGGUGUUGCUGUUGGUGGUGGGAAACAGGGGGUUGUGGCUGCGUAG